AUGCCUAAGUUAGUUCGAGUUGUGAACCGGGUGGCCGGAGCCGUAUGUGGUGGCCGGAGCCGUGUGGAGAAAAUAUGGAGAGUGGAGAGGGAGAAAGAGCUUCGGAUAUUGUUCUCGGGAGCCUCGGGGCUAGGGUUUCGUAGAGAAUAUGCUGAGUUUAUUCUCUACCCAAAUUCGUAG